AUGGAGCAUGCGCAGCCCAGCACGGAGUUCCCGCCCCUGCGAGCCCGCGUACUGAGUGCUUCGUGGUCUGUGCGCGAAAGUCUGUAUCAGUCCUGCGUGCCCUUUUGUGUCCGCCACAAGUCUCACUCGCUUGGAAUACUUUACUUCGUCUCUUACUAUUUAAGCCCGACAUCAGUUUUCAAGGAACGUUGCAAGGCUCAGACAUCCAGGGUUCAAACCACUGAGCAUAAUUGUUUCCUAAGAGAAGAUUUAAGUACCAAGCGAAGGACGAGAGAACGUGUGCACCAGCUGGAAAAACUUAAUCAAUUUUACCUGGCCAGAAGUCGGUUUUAUAGGAUCGUAGUGGCCGCGUAUCCCACUACUGUUCAUGCUGAUAAGGACAAGUUUGAUAAGAAAAUUAAGACAGGAGUUGAGGCGAGAACCCCGACGCCCUCCAGCGCGGGUCUUCGGCGGUCGAACUCCUUCUCCACCGUGGCGCCGGCCCCUUCAAGUAGCAGUGCCAGGGCGGUGCCACAUGGGUGCCUGUUUAAGCAACUUGGACGCAAUAUGGCACUGCCUUGGCACUGCUACUUGAAGGGGCCUGCACUGCCUCGGAGUUCUGUGUUUAAUGCUUUAAGAACCUUCCAGCGUGCCAGGUCCAGGCCCGUCGAGGCUCUGCCGGGAUUUUAUGGGGUAAGGGGCGGGUCCAAGCUGUAUCGUAUUAAGAAGUUACUUAUUUUUUCGAUGCCGGUGAAGAAUAUUACAAAAAAUCUUGCAACAGUUGCUGACCCUUCUGCUGACUUCACGACUACGGCUAUAUCAUGUGACGGCAAGGAGCGAAGCGUCACACCGAUGAAUUCGCGGCCGAGGUCAGUCCGCUCGGAGAUCAUCAACGAUAUCAGCUACAGCCGCCACGCCUCGCAAAUCGAGCGGAAGGCCGAGCGGAGGGAGUGCUCCUCGCCUUCGGGGACUCCUGACGUAGGAGGAGCUAGUGACGAGGGGCUCGGUGACUCCGAGAUGUCCGGAAGGCUCUCGUCCGCUGACUCAGUGGCGAACUCAGGAGCGCCAUUUGGCUUGGGGGUCAGGAGCGCCUCGGGGCUCCUUGCGACGAAGGACCUCAACCUGGGGAACGCUGAGGGACCAAAGGCUCGCCCCGAGGGACGAGAAUCGGACAGUGGGAAUAAGGGGGGUGUUGGAGAGUCUCUCGAGAAACCUCUGCUUAGCCCAAAAGAGUCGGUCACCAACGUGGAUUCAGUCAAGGACGUAGACGCCCAGUCAGUGAAAAGCGUAAAGAGUUUAGUGAAGAAAGAAGAUGAUGUGUCUCUGAAAAACUUAGAGAAAGGAUCCGACACAGGAUCCCUGAAAAGUGCAGAUAAAAUAUCUUUAAAGAGUGCGAAUUCAAAAAUAAUAAGCGAAGCAGACGCAACGUCGCUUGGCAGCACAAACGGCAACUUAGUGAGCAGUGCGGCUACCUCGCCUCUGUGGCGCUCUGAGCUGCAUUCGGGAAAGACUCAUUACAUAGAUCACCUGAAGAGCACCAGAAGUAGUACGGUGUGGGCUCGAGAGAACGCAUCCGAGGAUCAGGGUAUUUACAUUUCUUAUAUUUCUCCGGAGCACCAGGAGGAAUUUAACGGCUUAUCGGAAGGCGUGGGAGGACAGAAGACACCAUCUGAAGAAGGUCGGGGAGGGGACAAAACCCCGUCGGGAGGAUAUCGGAGUGGGAGCCAGACGCCUUUAGGAGGCGUUCGGGGAGGUGACAAGACCCCACUAGAAGGACAGAAGGAAUAUAAAAGUCUACCGGGAAGUGGAAGAAGUAGGAAUACCCCUUCAGAAGGUAACCAAACCCCAUCAAAAGGUCGGGAGGGAAACAACACUCCGGCAAAAGGUCGAAGAGAGUAUAGAAAUCAAACAGGAAGUCGAGGGGGAAGCAGCACACCAUCAGUGGUAGAUAAGGUAACACUUACAGAGGUUAAGGGGGGUCAAAGUACCCCGGCAAAAGAUUGGGAAAGUCACAAAAUCCCUUCAGCAGAUUCCAGAGGCCACGACACUCCAUCAGGACUGAGAGGUCUCAGCACACCUUCAGAGGAGGAACGACAAGUUAAAAGCACAUCAUUAGGUCAGAGCAUCCACAGCACCCCAUCAAGAAGUCCUAUUGAAAACGGUCCAUCAAAAAGUUGGAAAGGCCACUCCAGCCUGCUAGAAGGAGUUCAGGCAGGUCACAACACCCCUUCAGAAAGAAGCCCUGGAGGACACAGCCCCGAAAUUGACGUCCAAGGAAAACCCGAUAUCCCACCAGAGGAUCUAAGAGGAAACAACUUUCCCUCAGAAGACUUAGGAGGCCAAGGCACUCCAUCAAAAGAUCGAGAAGGAGGCUUGUCUCCUGCUGCAGAACAGAGCCGAAAGGCGACGCCCUCACCCACGGGAGGAGAGGGAAGUCCCACUCCUCCGGAGAAAAAGGAAGAAAACGACACCAAGCGUAAGGCUGGUGACGAAGCAAAUGCCGCAGAAGACAACAUGGAAUUUGAGGUAGAAAUAGUGGUGAUGGAACCGGGCGAUAAACCGCCACGCGAUCCGCCAUUCUCGCGCCACCGGCCGUGGAAGCGAGGCAGACCCGACCAGCUUCAGACUCCUUCGACCGCAGACGAGCACCGACCCUCGCGGCUCCCCCGAAGAGAGGAGAGGAAGCCGCGGUCGACGUCCCUCGGCCCGAGAGUCAGGUUCAUGGGCCAGAAGAACACGUCGCAGGUCAGCAAUUUUGGCGAGACUCCAAAGUCGGAUACUAGCGACGACCACCGCCGCGGGCCGCCGAAACGCUUCCGUAGGCUUAAGAGGAAACUUUUUAAAUCAGCGAGCGUCACCAACAUGGCACAGGACGACGUCGAUAGCAGCGAUGCGAACAACCGCGAAUCUUACUCCACCCUCCUGAAGGACAUCCAGACUCUCAUGGAGGAGGUGCAGAAACAGAGGAACGAAUUCCGAACCGAGAUGCGAUCCCUCGCGUCCUCCAUCUCCCGUAAGCACGACCAGCUCGAGAACACCGUCCGCAACUGCGCCUGCUCCUCGGCCAAAAAGAUGUCGGAGCAAGAGGCCGCCAAAGAAGUGGAAAAGCCAAAAGAGGAAGUAGAGGAGAAGGCGGAAGAAGUGAAAGAGAAGAAGGCAGAAGAGGCGAAGGAGGCACCAGCGCAGGAGGCAUCGGCGCAGGAGGCAUCGGCGCAGGAGGCAUCGGCGCAGGAGGCACUGGCGCAGGAGAAGGAGGAGGCCGGGCGCAGUACCCCAGCCAGCUCGGGCACGGCGACUCCAGAGCCCCCCCGAUCGCAGGAGAAUGGAGACGAUGCACAGGCCUCACCGAGACCAUCGAGCUUGAGAGAGCAGUUCCGAAACUUCAGCAAGUUCGGAGACACGAAGAGCGACGGCAGGAUGCUGACGCUCUCCCAGUCCGACAAGUGGUUCAAGCAAGCCAAGGUCAUCGACGGCAAGAAACUCACCACGACGGACACCGCCAUCACCUUCAACAAAUUCAAGGCAAAGAAAAUCUCAUUCCAGGACUUUGAGAAAUACUUGGACGAGAUUGCAAAAUCAAAGAAACUCGAUGCGACAGAAAUCAGGACGAAGUUGAAAGACUGUGGGUCACCGGCAAUCACAGGCACAACCAACGUGGUGAAGAGCAGCGCCGUCGACCGCCUCACAGACACGAAGAAAUUCACGGGUUCGCACAGGUUGCGCUUCGACGCGACCGGACGCGGGAAGGGAAUGGCGGGAAGAAAAGACUUGCCCGACAACUCCGGCUAUGUGUCAGGUUAUAGGAACAAAAACACUUACGACAAAACCCAUUAGAGCCUAAAUGAAUUCCAUCAUUACAGGAUUUGAUAUUCUGCCUUCGACAGCCUUUUAUUCUUUCUUUCUUUCUUUCUUUUUACUUGAAAGGCUGGGUAUUUGUAAUUUCUUUAUAAAGCAGCUGCAUUAUGGUCAGUCUAGACCUGACAUAUUUUAGAAUAGGAUUAUAUUUCCAUUAUUCUUGGUAAGAAAUGAGAUGCUGGAUGUUUAAAAUGAUUAAUGACUAAUAUAAAGAAUAUAUUUAUCGAGUAGAUAUGGUAUUGCCCACGCUGAGUAAAUAAAUAAGUGACAGUAGUAAGCGAAAAAUAAUUCUACAUUUUCAUUAUAACUGGCGUACAAUAUAUAAUCAAAGCUGUAUUAAGAAAGUCUGCAUUUGAUAAGAUUUACAAAUCAGACUUAGACUUGCUUGCGUGUGUCAGCUAAGCCUAAAUUCUAGCAUAAACAUUUUCUUGGUAAAUAACUUAAUGAUUAAUGAAGAGGCAUCGUAGAAAACUAUAAAUUUACCAGCUGAAUAUCAAAAUACUUAGGAUGCUUGAUAUCAUUGCCAAUCAUAAUGAUAAGGUUUAUUUGCUUGUAAUACUGCAAUACUAAGAAAAUAACCCAGUACAAAAUAACCUGCUUUGGAUCUAAAAAGAACAUAUGAUUUACAUUACUUUUCAAAUACUCAGUUGAAACGAUUGUUAUUUUCUUGAAUUAUUAAUACUAUUUCUCAGAAAGAUGACAGAAUUGAGUAAAUAGCGAUUUUUGUAUGAAAAAAAUCAAUGAUCUUUAUAUACAAGUAGAUCAUAAUAAUGUUGUUGUUUUUUUCAAAUAGCAAAAUAUAAUAAUAAACGAAUAGAAAUUUAUAUAAUUCCUGUGCCAUGUAUCUGAAAUAUUAUGGUUACAGUCACCAUUUAACGCAUCUGAUUAAGAACUGUUCUAUUGAGAGUUGUGUACAUGAAUGGAGGCUACAAUGGCAGGCCAAUAUACAUGUGAAAUUUAUAAUGGGCAGCAAGGUUUUGCAUUUCGGUUUUAACAGGAUCUUAGAAAUACCUUCACUGCACUCUUACCUGAAUAUUCUGAAUAUUAAUGGCUCAUUCUCUAUCAAGAAAAAAAUAUCUAUAUGCAGGUACCAGAUAGUCGUUCACCACCACAGAAUGGGAUAACCUUGAGAACGAGGAUAUCAUUUUCACACACACACACACACAUACACACACACACACACACACACACACACACACACACACACACACACACACACACACACACACACACACACACACACACACACACACACACACAAAGUCAUCAGGUUUGGUUACCUUUUGUGAUGGUGAAUAGUGCUAUCAACAUUCUCAUGGUAUAUACGGAUAAUUUACAUUCUUAAGGCAAAGAGACUAUUAACACACAUGAAGUACAAUAACAGAAGGUAGACAUCAUUCUGUCAUUGUUUAAUAAAGAUUUCAUAUAUAAAAUAGUUACGAUAAUAAUGUUUCGUUUUCUGUUGUGUAAAACUUUGUUCGUUAAGUUUAAAAGACUGCACAUUUUGAUCAUGAAAUAUUCUAAUUAUAUUAGGUGUAUAUGCUUUCGCUCUGGUGCUGAGGUCGCCCGCUGUCACAACUCUUUUACAGCCUUUGAAGGGUUGCUGGGCUAAGGGAAAGUUUUAACCCCAAAAGAAAAGUAAAAGAAGCUUAUUCUAACAUUGUAGAUAUUUUUCAAAGUUGUUGGAUGCUAUAGAAUAAUAAAGGUUUUGAAAAUACUACAAAAGACAGUGGUAACUAUUGCCAAUCCAGCGUCUAAUCAGUGUCAUGGUAUCCACAAAGUUAAUUAGCAUGAACUAGAAAAGCUUAAGUCCCAUCUUGAUAGCAAAGCUCUUGCACUCAGCCCAAAAGGUGUUUCCCUUUGUUCCCUUCCAUUAAUUUCAUCUGAUUUAUAACCGUUGUUUCUUAUAAAUAUAUAGAUGUGAUACUUAAUUGAUCUCACGCCUUUUAUCCCGUUUCGUUCUGUUUAGAUGUUUUCUAGUUUUAUACAAGAAAGUAAUAAUAUAUAACACAUAUACAUCUAUAUCACAAAAUGACUUUACAUGUAUUGGGUAGACAUAGCUUCUGGCAGAUUAUAUGCGUUAUUAUCAGAUUUAUUGGUAUUUUCUUGCUCUUGCUAGAGUUAGUAGAAUCUUCAAUGUCGCAUGGUGUUUAUGCAUAUAUUUUACUCUUGGUUAACACUGCCAGUUGUUGUCAGCAAGUUUGUCAUUGAUUUUUUUUUAUAUCUCUAUAUUUGACAAAAUAUGAUUAUUAUAUGAAUAUGUAAAUGUAGCUGUCUGAAAUGAUUUGAUGUAAUAAGAUAUUUCAUCUAACAACUAACAA